AGCUCCAUGAUUGCUCGUCCCGCUUGUCACGGGUCAAGGAACCUUGUUUUCCCAUGCAAAGCUUCAACUCGCUCGUUGCUGUACUCGACAAGGAAUUGCAACUCCAUCUCCCUCGCCACGACGUCUUCACAAUUCCAACGCCUCGAGAAAAUUGAGCUCCAUCACCUGACUACCCAUCAUCCACAUCGUUACCUUCGGAAUGUCACAAGUUUGCAGAUAUUACCAGCGGGGUCACUGUAAAUUUGGUCCCAACUGCAAUUUCCUGCACCCGGGCGCCACUGCCUCGGCCUCCAACACUUUUGGUGGAGCUCGCAAUGGUUUGUUCUCUUCCAAUUAUCUGCCUCCGAUAUCCUCGCCCCCCACCUUCCAGGCUGACCAGUGAUUGCUCUACAGGUUUCGGUAAUGGAGGCACUCAAACAAAGCUGACGGACGGGUGGGUUCUCCUUCCCCUUCCCAUUUCUUCCGCCAACACUGUUUCCCCCCUUCGCUUCGAUUUGCUUGCUAUACCUGUCAUCGCAAUACCUCGGAGGAAUUACAGAUCGUUCUGGGCGAAGCAGCUGGGAGAAGGAUUGGUUUCUAUUCCUGCAGUUGAAUGGAUGGAAGCCUGAUCAAGCUAUGGGAUUGACCAAAGAUUCUAGAUUCACUAUUCCUAGUGCGGAUACGAUUAGGUUAGAUCUUACCGAACGGCCUACCUGGUGCCUAUCUAGCUAUGCCCCCAGCAAGGAUUCGCCAGCCCAGUUGAUCGACGGGAAAGAUGUCUCCCCGGAAGAAGCGCGCGUUAUGGCAUACAAGUUGCGAACCGAAGGGGUUCCACAGGCAUAUGUACGGGGCCGGCAUUUCCUAACUAUUACUACUGCUGAAGCUGACGAAGCUCUAGGAGGCGGAAUGGAACAGAUUGGCUAGUGAUGCUUCAUCACAGAUCAGGAAUAUAUUAGAUAAUAUUCCGGGUGCUAUCGAAUUUCUCAAGAACGCGCAAGGCGCGCCAUCAAGAUACAGCUCUCAGGCUUCCAGCCAGCAGCAGGCUUCGCCAUUUGGUGAUCAGGUGAAUAUCGCAGAAUCGACUUUAUGAGCCCGGGAGGAGCUCUCUUGGCCCCGGACCGUGCUAACCGAAGUAGAAUCCACAACAAGGUACGGGUGCCGGCUCGGCCCCAGCUCAGACAUCAUCGUCAUCAUCACCUUUCGGCCAAGUCCAGCAACCUCAGUCUGCUUCGGGCUUCACCUCCGCGUUUGCCGCGCCCACUCCUUUUGGGGCUCGACCCACCCCGGCGUUUGGUCAAAGCCCAUUCGGGCAGCAGGUAGCGCAGCAAACCGCACAGCAGCCGCCAGCGCCAGCGGCGCCGGCAUUUGGGCAGCCAACCUUUGGGACCCCCUCGCAGCCUCAGAGCGCAUUUGGUAGACCAGCAUUUGGGCAACCAACUUUUGGACAACCGGCCUUUGGUCAGUCCUCGGCUUUGGGAUCGCAGCCUUCACCCUUUGCUGCGGCGGCCUCAACCCCUGCUCCAACACCGUCAUCGGCUUUCGGUCAGUCCAGCGCUCAGGCAACGCCCGCUUUUGGUCAGCCGACUUUCGGAGCGUCUGGUGGACCAAAACCGGCAUUUGGCCAACCAGCGUUUGGACAGUCUGCCUUCUCUCAAACCCAGUCGCCGCCUUCCGCAGCCACUGCACCUAGUCCAUUUGCUCAAGUCGCUGGAUCAUCCACGGCUACUCCAUUCGCUCAGGUUACCCCUACACCACCGUUCGGCCAACCCUCACAACCUCAGACAACCCCACCUGCGAACCCAUUCGGAUCGCCACCUCGGCAGGGCACUGCGAACCCGUUCCAGCAAACUCAAGCUGCCCAAACUAGUCCAUCGCCAUUCUCAAGCACAAACCCCUUCCAACAGGGUCAGCAGCAGGCUACAAGCACCGCAUUCCCACAAGCGGCCCAGGGGCCGGCCCAAGCUCCCACCUCCUCAUCAUUCGGCCAACCGACCCAACCUGUAAACACCUUUGGCUCACCGGCCCCGCAGCCAUCAUCCUUCAGUACACAAAACCCCUUCCAGAGAUCCCAGCAGGGGCAAACUUCUUCCCCUUCCUCGCAGAAACACGAGGUGAACCCGCAACUUCGCGAGCAGCAAAAGGCUAAGAAAUGGGAUGAUCCGGUUAUUGAAUACACGCCCGAGGAGCAGGCUACAUUUUCUGCGGGUUCGUUUGUGCUUGGGCAGGUGCCUACGGUCGCGCCUAGCCGCAAUAUGUGCUGGGGAUGAAUGGUUUUCGUCGCCUUUGUUUUUAUGCUUUUUUUUCUUUUAUUUUCUCUUCUCCUUUCCCUUUUCGUUUAACGUGUUAUGGCAACGAGAGCGAUUUUUUAUCAAUAUCAGUCGGUGGAGGGGAAGUUUCCUUGGGAGGUUCAAGUCGUCGGUUUUAUGUGAAAUACCCUGGAGUGCCUGGCCAUUUUGUGUUUCUCUAUUGCGGAAAUGUAAUCAUACGAUCCGGUUAAGGAAAUGUGUUUAUGCGCUUUAAGGGUCAGCUGUUCUGCGUAGGGCAUCGUGAGCCAUGUCUCUGUGUUGGGGUCUAUGAUAUAUACACUUAAGAGGUCAAUAAUAUUAUGGUUAUUGUGC